GCGCCUGGCACGUCGUGCGCGCGCGCCACCGCCGUCGUCACUUACGGCGGCAGCGGUCUGUGCUGCAAGUUGGUGGCGCGGGGACCCGAAAGUCGCAAGUUCGGGGCGCGGGCUGCUUUCCCGGGCCCUUGAGACCUUGCCAGCUUGCACCAUGGAGCCUGAGCAGGUGCUGGAGGGACAGACGCAGGUGGCCGAGAAUCCCCACGCCGAGUACGGGCUCACGGACAACGUGGAGAGGAUAGUAGAAAAUGAGAAGGUCAAUGCAGAAAAAUCAUCAAAACAGAAGGUGGACCUGCAGUCCUUGCCAACCCGCGCCUACCUGGACCAAACUGUUGUCCCUAUUUUAUUACAGGGACUUGCUGUGCUCGCCAAGGAAAGACCACCAAAUCCCAUUGAAUUUCUAGCAUCAUACCUUUUAAAAAACAAGGCACAGUUUGAAGAUCGAAAUUGACUUAUUGGGAAGAACAGAAAUAUCUGAUUUCUACUUAGAUUUACAUGACUAAGAGGCAGCUCUAAUUGCCACGAAUCUCCCCACCACCACCAGUACACACAUAACCCCUUUUUUUUUGCAGUAUAAGAAUCUUCAGGACACAACAGAACUCAUUCCUGGAGUUGCAGAAGAAAACAUACCUCCCUUUUUCUCGAUUUUAAUCAUCCUACUUAUUUAAUGGCUGUAUCCUGUGCAAUUUUCUCUCAGAUUGUCUUUAACUUUGUUUUCUAAAAUAACCUUCAAAAUAAACCAUUAAAAUGUCA